AUGGAUAGUCAACCACCGCGGGCGCCUCAGCCGGCGAUCGCAACGCCAGUCUUGCCGCAAUCGGUGCAUUCCCGAGCCCCGGCGCCUUCGACGUUUAGGCCUUCGUGCACCCAUUUAACGAUGACCCGCUUGUAUGAUCCCAAUCUCGUGAGCUUCGAUUUGAUCGGCGCCUCAUUCGCUGACAGCUUGACCGUUCGACCUCGGAGUCCCGAGAGCCGAUCAGAUCGACUUAGCUUCUUCAGUGAGAUCACGCCGGAGCAGUUGAAAUCAUACACACCUGAGCAAGUCCGUACCAUCUUAGCACAGAGAGAACAUGUCCUUAAUGUUGCUAAUGAGGAAUCAUCUGGAACCAAACCUCCCCCCGGAUUCGAGUAUUUGACCCCCACCAAGGCUUGGGUCCCCAAUGAAUACUACGAGUGUCAGUUCAGAUGCUGUGUGCGAUGCCGUCCUUCAGCUGCAAGCAGAUCUUUCCUCAAUCUCGAUGAGGUCGUAAAUGGCGUUAUACCGCCUUCUGCCGCUGUUGGUUUCAGCUUUCAUCGUUCCGGAAGGCCAGUUAUUCAUCCGAGCAGACUGGAGAACAUUGGCCUGAGACCUGUACCAUGGCCCAGAGCCUACGCCUCCACGAUCCGCACGUCUGAGUCUUCAUUCGGGACCUUUGAAUGCUCGUCUUUGGAAGGCGAGACGAUUGCUGAUAAAGACUAUAUCGAACUCGCCAAAUCUUUGUCGCUCAAAGGCAGUUCGACAACUGAAUCCGCAAGCACGGAGGAGUAUCAACUAUCUGACGCUGUGCUGCCUCCCUGGACUCAUGCGCCUAACUGGGCUAAGGAAAACACGAAGUCGAUCCUAUUCAGCGCCUGCUUGACGUCUCUUCCUGAUCCUACGCCGGAAGAACAUGCGGUCCUUAGCGAGCACUCGACCAAGAUGAUGGAUGAGGAGAUGGAGGAAGGACGAUUCCACAAGGAGCCUUUGAAAGUCGACCAUAGUGUGGCGUUUUCGGAGGAGGCGGUGGGACUUGGACUCGCAGAUGUUGUGACACAGGCUUAG